AAUACAGUUCCUUUAUUGUGUUUCAUGAAUGGAGCGUAUUUGUAGUUGAGUCACGGUCGAGUUCCAUGCGGAAGAACUUUGUUUGAUCAGUUUAGCUUGGAUCGUAAGAAUGCGAACAUUGUAUAGGAGCUGGGUGUCGAGGUUAGUGUGGCUGACUGUGUUAAACACGCAGUAUGUUUCCUGUGAAUUGAUUCCGAUCGAUCUUUCCAUCUUCGGUAGUACUCUGUACCGUGUGAUUGAUACAUCCGUAGAUUCACUCGUCCGAAACCAUGAUCCAACGUCGGAUUUGGAACCGUGGGAACUGGGGAACCUUGCCGGUGGAGAUAUGAGACUUCCAAGGCCUCGCUUUCAGAAUGCUCUGGCGGGACCACCAGAUGCUGCCUACCGAUGGCCAAAUGCAACCGUUGUCUAUUCGAUUGAUGGCAGCUUUAGUUCAGCUGAACUGGAGUUCAUAAAUGCAGCCAUGCGGGAAUUCGAACGACACACCUGUGUUCGGUUUCGUAGACGACGCAGCGGACAGGACGUUGCUUACGUUUCAAUCGACAAUUCCAAUGCCGGCUGUUGGAGUGAUGUAGGUCGUGGUGUUGAACGAACCAUCCUCAACCUACAGCAAGGUUGUGCCAAUUCACUCACAACACCAGUGCAUGAGCUGAUGCACACACUCGGCUUCUAUCACGAACAUAAUCGCCUCGAUCGUGAUCGUUACGUUGCCAUCUUAUACGAGAACAUGCUACCGGAUGAAUCUUUUCAAAGUAACUUUGACUUGGUUAAUCCAGCAAACACGACCACCUUCCACGUACCGUACGAUCUUGGCAGCAUCAUGCACUAUCGGAGUGAUGCGUUUUCGAAACGACCGAGCGUACUGGACACGAUGCGUGCCAAAGUGCCUUGGAAUGGUGAGCUAGGACAAAGGAACAGUCUAUCGUGGUAUGACGCUUUGCUGAUCAACAUCAUGUACUGCGGUGUGCAGGUACCAAGGGAACCACUCCCAAUACCGUCACGCUGGAUUCCAGCGAAGGCUCACGGACGUAAGGAUCGGUUCCGGUAUCGACGUAUAAGGCGCCACGGUGGAAAUUAUUGAAUAAUUUUGAGGUCAAACUAUUUACACGUCAAGGUGUCAUGUAAUCAUAUUUUUUUCAUUAAACUAAAACUUAAAUAAUAGACGCUCCAAUGUGCCUAUGUGCCUAUUGCAACAUGUCUUCUGAAAAUAUAAUGUUGUCAUUUGCAGACAUAAAGCUGGUAGCAUUAUCCCGAAUCGCUUUCCGGUCGGUGAAAUAAGUUUUUGGCAGAAUAAUUAACUUUUGGUACGGUGCAAACCCGUUAUCCAUCCAUCCAGCACUUGGGAAUCGUAACGGCAAGGGUGUGGUAGCGAAAAAGCUUCGGUCCAGAAAAGUUUAGCUAGUACCUUUUUAACCGAACUGGAAGGUUCUUCCAGUUGAAAUGGUUAUUUAUUUACUUCCAGUAUAACCUUGGUGAGUCCGUGCCCGAAGCUCAAUUAGCCACAGGUAAGUGAGUUUUUAACAAUUUUCUACCAACUUCUGUCUUCAUCUGCAGCCAAGCGUGUUGUGGAUGAGUUAGUAAUUUACCAUAAAAAUGAUUAUGGUGUUCUGUGCAUGUUAUCACAUGGUGGAUUUAAUUUAUUUCGAAUUCAUUUAACAUUAACGUUAUACUUUUGCAAAAAAAAAAAAAAAUAUCGAAAAAGUCUCGUAAUUUUAAGGUAACGUUUAAACUUUAUUU